GGUACAUCCAAGAUGGCGGCAAAUGGACUCUCUCAGGAGCAAUUCGAAAAGUUCGAGCAGGAUGGGUAUUUGGUGAUCGAAGACUUCUGUACAGAAGAUGUGGAAAGUCUGAGAAAAGAGAUGUACGAGAUUCUUGAAAACAUGGACCUCUCUGAUAACCCUAAAAGCGUUUUCACUACAGGAGACAAACAGGUUGGAGAUGACUAUUUUUUAACAAGUGGAGACAAAAUAAGAGCAUUUUUUGAAGAAGGUGCAUUUGAUAACAGUGGCAAAUUAUUGAGAGACAGACAUUUGGCUAUCAACAAAGUUGGCCAUGCACUGCAUAGCCAAAAUCCUGUUUUCAAAAAAUUUACAUUUGACAAGAGAAUUCAGGCUAUUGGAAAGUCACUAGGAUUGAAGAACCCAAUAGUGCCACAGAGCAUGUAUAUUUUCAAGCAACCAGGAAUAGGAGGGGAAGUUUUUCCUCACAGGGAUUCAACAUAUCUAUACACACAUCCUCCUAGUGCAUUGGGUAUCUGGGUUCCUCUAGAGGAUUGUACUUUGGAAAACGGGUGCUUGUGGUUCAUACCUGGAAGUCACAAAGUCUCAGAAAUACGCCGUCGACUGAUAAGAACCCCUGAUGCUACGGACCGUGUAGUCAUGCAUAUUGGACCAGAUGAAGAGUUUGAAGAGAAAGAUUUCAUUCCUGCUUGUACCAAAAAGGGUUCUUUAGUGUUGAUCCAUGGAGCUGUAUUGCACAGAAGUCUUCCUAACAAAUCAUCCAAGUCAAGACAUGCUUACACUUUUCACAUCGUAGAUGGAAAUGCAAAGUGGGACGAGCAGAAUUGGUUACAGCCAACAGGCCCCUUUCCUCCACUCUACUAGUCAAUCUUUAAUUACUCUUAUGAGACAGCAUGAGAACUAUCAAUAAGACAAAAACUUAAUGAUAGUAAUAUAUAGAUAAUCUUAAAUUAAUCAAUCAAGUAGUCAAUCAGUCUACCUAGAUCAACAGGAAAUUAAUUUUUAAAGGAUGUUCGGAGGCAAAUGAAGUAUUUUUAAUCAGAAUUGUUUUAAACUUGGCAUAAAGUUGUAAACAUAUUCCAACAUAUACAUUUUCAAAUAAAUGUAGUUAGCUUCCUCACCCAAUUGCUGGGCUCAACAAAUGCUCGAAUAAAAAUACUCACAAGUAGGGUACAUCUGGUAGGGUUUUUUCAGACAUUUCUUUGGAUGUUUUAAUACACACCAGUAUCUAUACAUCUGGUAGGGUUUUUUCCAGACAUUUCUUUGGAUAUUUUAAUACACACCAGUUUCUAUACAUCUGGUAGGGUUUU